AUGCCAGAGAUCUCCGCACCGCCCAAGGUCGCUGCGACGAAGGGGUAUGGAGCGACGGUCAUCUUUAGCGGGUCGACCAGUGUCGAGCGCGAGGCCAUGGCUGACAAGGUCAUCGCCGACACGGGGGCGCGGCUUGUGCCGCCCUACGACCACGCCGACAUCAUCCUCGGUCAGGGCACGCUCGGCCUCGAGCUCCAGGAGCAGGUGGAGGCCAUCAUGGCCGGCGAGGCGACGGACCGCAUCACGGGGGCGACACCCGGCAUGGCCAAGAAGGCAAGGGGGGCCAAGCAGAGAAAGGGUCUGGACGCCGUCAUCGCGCCCUGCGGCGGCGGCGGCAUGCUCUCCGGCGUGGCGCUGUCGUGCGAGGGCACGGGCAUCGCCGUCUUCGGCGCGGAGCCCGAGUUCGAGGGCGCCGACGACUGCAAGCGCGGCUUCGAGGCGGGCAGGCGCAUCGAGUCGGUGUCGACCCUCACCAUCGCCGACGGCCUGCGCACGCCCGUCGGCAGGGUGCCCUGGGGCAUCAUCUACGAGCGGCGGCUGGUCAAGGACAUGUACAGCGCGACCGAGGACGAGAUCAAGGCCGCGCUGCGCCUCGUCUACGAGCGCUUCAAGCUGGUUGUCGAGCCGAGUGCUGUCGUCCCCUUGGCUGUGGCACUGUACAAUGAGGACUUCCGCAAGAUGGUCGAGGAGCAGGCCGGGCCGGAGGGAUGGGAUCUGGGCAUUGUGUUCAGCGGCGGGAAUGUGAGCCUUGAGAACCUAGGAAAGCUGUUCAGCUAG